AUGGAAGGUGGUGAACCGGAGAUGGACGACUACAUGGAGACCCUCAAAGACGAGGAGGACGCCCUGUGGGAGAAUGUGGAGUGCAACCGGCACAUGCUGAGCCGCUACAUUAACCCGGCUAAGCUUACUCCCUACCUGCGGCAGUGCAAAGUUAUCGAUGAGCAGGAUGAAGAUGAGGUGCUCAGUGCUCCUAUGCUGCCCUCCAAGAUCAACCGAGCAGGCCGACUGCUGGACAUUCUCCAUACCAAGGGAGAAAGGGGCUAUGUGGUCUUCUUGGAGAGCUUGGAGUUUUACUACCCAGAACUGUACAAGCUGGUGACAGGGAAGGAGCCCACCCGGAGAUUCUCUACCAUUGUCGUGGAAGAGGGCCAUGAGGGCCUCACUCAUUUCUUAAUGAAUGAGGUUAUCAAGCUGCAGCAGCAGAUGAAGGCCAAAGAUGUGCAACGCUGUGAGCUCCUGGCCAAGUCCCGCCAACUGGAAGAUGAGAAGAAACAGCUGAUACUCACUCGGGUGGAGCUGCUGACCUUCCAGGAAAGGUAUUACAAGAUGAAGGAGGAGAGAGACAACUACAAUGAUGAAUUGAUCAAGGUGAAAGAUGACAACUACAACAUAGCCAUGCGAUAUGCCCAGCUGAGUGAGGAGAAGAACAUGGCAGUGAUGAGAAGUCGGGAUCUCCAAUUAGAGAUUGAUCAACUGAAGCAUCGGUUGAAUAAGAUGGAGGAGGAAUGCAAACUGGAGAGAAAUCAAUCAUUGAAGCUCAAGAAUGACAUAGAAAAUCGGCCCAAGAAGGAACAGGUUCUGGAACUGGAACGGGAGAAUGAGAUGCUGAAAACUAAAAUCCAGGAGUUACAGUCUAUAAUUCAGGCUGGGAAACGGAGUCUGCCAGAUUCAGACAAAGCUAUUUUGGAUAUCCUGGAACAUGACCGUAAAGAGGCAUUAGAGGAUCGACACGAACUAGUGACCAAGAUCUUUAACCUACAGGAGGAGAUCCGACAGGCAGAGGAGCUGAGAGACAAGUACCUGGAGGAGAAAGAAGACCUGGAGCUGAAGUGCUCAACGCUGGGGAAGGACUGUGAAAUGUAUAAGCACCGUAUGAAUACAGUAAUGAUCCAGUUGGAGGAGGUGGAGAAAGAGCGAGAUCAGGCAUUCCACUCCCGUGAUGAAGCGCAAACACAGUACUCACAGUGCCUCAUAGAGAAGGACAAGUACAGGAAGCAAAUCCGAGAGCUGGAGGAGAAGAAUGACGAGUUGCGGAUAGAGAUGGUCCGUAAGGAAGCCUGCAUCGUCAACCUGGAGAGCAAGGUCCGGAGACUUUCAAAAGACAGCGGUGGCCUUGACCAGAGUUUACCUAGGAAUCUGCCAGUAACCAUCAUUUCCCCAGCCUUUGGAGAUCCUCACCCUAAAAUCAAUGGUCAGGAGGCAGACGACUCAUCAACUUCUGAGGAGUCCCCAGAAGACAACAGAUAUUUCCUGCCCUCUUAUCCUCCCAAAAGGAGGAUGAAUAUCAAAGGCAUCCAGCUCCAGAGAGCUAAAUCCCCUGUCAGCCUGAAGAUAGCAUCAGAUUUUCAAGUCAGGGGACAUGAAGAAGAUGGAGUGGAAACCAGCAUCAAUUCUUCCAAUCCUCUUUCCAUCAAAAACUCUUUCAACAAAAUGCAACCACUUAGGCAUCGCAACAGCAUCAUGUCCAUUACUGCGGAGCCUCCAGGAAAUGACUCCAUUGUCAGACGCUGUAAGGAAGAUGCUCCUCAUCGUAGCACAGUUGAAGAGGACAAUGACAGCCUGGGCGAUAUAGAUGAUGACAGCCAUGACCGGUAUUCCUACGGGCCGCCGUCUGUGCACUCCUCCUCCUCCUCCCACCAGUCUGAGAGCCUGGAUGCCUUCGAACUUGAACAAUUCAACAUCAUGUUCAGGAAGUUCUCUCUGGAGAGACCUUUCCGGCCAUCGGUCACCUCUGUUGGCCACAUCAGGAACACCUGCCAUCAAGUCCAGCGCACCACGCUGAAUGGAGAGAACCUCAUCACUGAAGUCACCCUGCUAGGAGGGAAUGAGAGAGGAAGUUUCAUUCACUCUGUCAAGCCGGGAUCCCUGGCAGAAAAAGCGGGCCUCCGGGAGGGACACCAGCUGCUACUGCUGGAGGGCUGCAUCAAAGGCGAGAAACAGAGCGUUCCCUUGGAUACUUGCACAAAAGAGGAAGCGCACUGGACGAUCCAGAGAUGCAAUGGCCCUGUCACGCUGCACUAUAAAUCGAACCAUGAAGGUUAUAGGAAACUGUUGAAGGACAUAGAUGAGGGUCUGAUCACCUCAGGGGACUCAUUUUACAUCCGGCUGAACCUGAAUAUCUCCAGCCAGCUCGACUCCUGUUCCAUGUCAGUGAAAUGUGAUGAAGUCGUGCACGUCCGUGACACCAUGUACCAGGAGAAGUGCGAGUGGCUGUGUGCCCGGGUCGACCCAUUCAAUGACAGGGACCUGGACACGGGAACUAUCCCCAGCUACAGCAGAGCCCAGCAACUUCUCUUAGUGAAGCUGCAGCGGUUGAUGCACAGAGGCAGUCGGGAUGAAACAGAAAAUUCCCACCAUACUCUGCGAGCACUCCGGAACACUCUGCAACCUGAGGAGCCUCCACCAGUGAAUGAUCCCCGGGCUAGCCCCCGCCUAUCUCGAGCCAGUUUUCUUUUUGGACAAAUCCUGCAGUUUGUCAGCAGGUCUGAAAAUAAGUACAAACGGAUGAACAGCAACGAACGAGUCCGCAUCAUCUCCGGGGGCCACUCGGGGGGCUUGGUCCGAUCUUCCCUCGACGCAAUGAAGCUCCUGCCCGAAAGGCAAGAAGAUAUGGAACCCGAAAAUGAUCUCAGCAAAAGCCUCAACCUGAUCCCCUACAGUUUGGUGCAUUCAUUUUACUGUGAUCACCGACGCCCUGUCCUCUUUACUCCUACCAUGCUGGCCAAGCCCUUGGUUCAGAAGCUGCUCAAUUCAGGAGGGGCCAUGGAAUUCAACAUGUGCAAACCAGAUAUUGUAACGAAAGAGGAGUUCCUGAGAAAACAAAGGACUGAAACCAUCAUCUUCUCCAGGGAAAAGAAUCCAAACACCUACGAGUGCAUCGUUCCUGCUAAUGUUGAAGCUGUCGCUGCUAAGAAUAAGCACUGUCUGCUGGAAGCUGGAAUAAGCUGCACGAGGGAUUUGAUCAAAGCGAAGAUCUACCCCAUUGUUCUCUUCAUCCGGGUCUCAGAGAAAAACAUCAAAAGGUUUAGGAAAUUGCUCCCCAAGCCAGAGACAGAGGAAGAAUUCUUACGCCUCUGCCGUCAGAAGGAGAAAGAACUGGAGGCCCUCCCCUGCCUCUACGCCUCGGUAGAGGUUGACAUGUGGAGCAGCGUGGAGGAUCUCAUUCGGGUCAUCAAGGAGAAGAUCGGGGAGGAGCAGCGCAAAACCAUCUGGAUCGACGAAGACCAGCUGUAAAGAUACAGCAAACGGACUUGGACUUGGUGAUGGCGGCUGGACCCGGCCCAGCUGAGCUGGGGCGUGAGAGAGGCACCUUCUCGAGCAGCCCCGAGUGGUCUCCGGAGCUUGUCUGCAGGUGUGGAAUUCCUCUGCAGAUGACGCAGUCGGAGACAUGGGGAACAGUGAGGCCUGAAGGGAAUCAGGGGGCCCAAGAAGACCCAACUGGAAACCAGCCACACUCCUGCUCCAACGUAGUAUCUCUUCAGUAACAGCGUGUGUCAGGACACACCCAGGACAGAGGGCCCAGGCAGGAGGUGGAAGCGUUCCUGUGGCUUCACACUCCUGACGUUACUGGAGCAUCGCCGUCUUCAGGGGGAUGGAGCCCAGCCGAGGGACACAAAAUCUGUGGCUUUCCCGUUUACCUCCCAGACCAGAGUAGCAACUGAAUGUAAUUCACACAAGAGACUGUAGGAAUCGAUGUACAUGAGGGUUCUGAACAUGGUUAAGUAGAGCUGAAAGAAAGUUUACUGUGUUUGUUCUUUCCUUGCAUUAAUUAAA